AUGGGUGAUUCAGAUUCUGGGUACGGCUCUGCCGUUACUGUAGAUUCACUUAAAGUUAUUGCUGAAAGUGUUGGAAUUGCAAACCUCGGUGAUGAUGCUGCAAAAGAAUUAGCGGAUGAUGUUACAUUUCGUCUUAAAGUCAUCGUACAAGAUGCAAUGAAGUUUAUGCACCAUUCCAAGAGACAAAAACUUUCAAUAGCUGAUAUAGACCAUACAUUAAAAAUUAAAAAUAUUGAGCCACAAUAUGGGUUUAUACAACCUGAUUCAUUACCAUUUAGAUUUGCAACAGGCGGUGGAAGGGAACUUCAUUUUAUUGAAGAGAAGGAAAUAGACUUAUCUGAAAUAUUAUCUGCACCUCCACCUAAAAUCCCUCUUGAUGUUUCACUUAGAGCCCAUUGGUUGAGUGUUGAUGGUGUUCAACCGACUGUUCCUGAGAAUCCACCUCCACUGUCCAAGGAAGCACAGAAGUUAGAGUCUGUAGAUCCUAUAACAAAACUAAGCAAACCUGCUAAUAAGGAUUCUGCAGGUAAACCAGUAUGUGGUAAAGCUGCUAGAUUGAAGGCUUCUGAAUCAGUACAUGUUAAACAGCUUGCAACCCACGAGUUGAGUGUGGAACAACAGUUGUACUAUAAGGAGAUAACUGAAGCGUGUGUUGGCAGUGAUGAAGGGAGGCGGGCAGAAGCUCUGCAAUCUCUUGCUUGUGACCCUGGUCUUCAUGAAAUGCUGCCUAGGAUGUGCACUUUCAUAUCUGAAGGUGUGAAAGUUAAUGUUGUGCAAAACAACCUUGCUCUUCUCAUAUACUUGAUGCGGAUGGUUAAGGCAUUACUCGACAAUCAAUCACUGUAUCUUGAGAAAUAUUUGCAUGAAUUAAUACCAUCAGUAUCAACCUGUAUAGUUUCCCGGCAGCUUUGUAUGAGGCCUGAAGUAGAUAAUCAUUGGGCAUUAAGAGAUUUUGCUGCCCGGCUCAUGGCACAGAUAUGUAAAACAUUUAACACUUCCACAAACAAUUUACAAACGCGAGUAACAAGGUUGUUUUCUAGGGCAUUACAAUGCCCAUCUCAAACAAAUAGUGAGUCUGGGCCAUCUAUGGUAACCACUAUGAAGGAAUCGGAAAAAACACCACUCGCAUCUUUGUAUGGUGCAGUACAGGGCUUGGCUGAGUUGGGUCCCGAAGUUGUAAAGGUGUUCAUCCUACCGCGCGUACGUUGGCUGGGCGAGCGCGUGGAGGGCGCCCUGAGCGGCAUCGGCGGCGCGGACCGGCUCGCCGCCGGCAACCUCAAGCACCAGCUGCUCAAGGUGCUCGCGCCCGUCGUGCGCCAGCUGCGGCAGCCGCCCGACCUGCCAGAUGACUACAAGCACGACUACGGCUACCUAGGUCCAAGUCUGCAGCAGAUGGUGGGCAAGCUGCGCGCGUCGCCGGCCACGAGCGGCGGCGGCGGCGCGGUGGCCGUAGUGACGUGCACGCCGCCGCUCGUGCCCGCCGCGCCCUCGCCCUCGCUCUCCGCGGGCCACAGCGGCACCAAGACUGUGGAUUCCUUGGCGACGCGUAACGUGAUAAGUUCUUCCAAUGCGCCGCAGUCGCCAGCGCCGUCCACGCCGCCGCCGCCGCAGAAGUUUGUCAUUGUUUCGCAGCAAAAACCACAACAGGCACAACCCGCUAGCGGUGCAAGCCAUAUUGUUGUGCAUAGUUCGCAACCGACUAUCGUUCGUAGCCAAAACGUUCAGUCGGUGGUGGUGACGAGCGGGCCGGCCGGCAACCAGCAGCCGCAGAAGGUGGUGGUGGUGGGCAUGCCGCCGCAGCAGCCCGCCGCCGCCGUGGGGGGCGUCAGCCAGGCGCCGGUAUCGGUGGUCGCGAAGCCGGUGUUUGCCCGCGGCUCGGGCGCGCCGCAGCCGCCGCCCGAGCUCGACGACCUGUCGCACCUCGCCUGACAGCCGCGAGUGCUCACCAUCAUAAGACCCCUGAAGAAGACCAGAUGAGGAUAUACGACUAUUUUAAAAAGCUUCUGCUUCUGAAGAUUGUAUUCGUUACUAUGAUUAAUAUUGUUCAUUGCAAUGACAGCGUAUUGAAUUUUAACCAAUGUGUUUGCACCAAAUGUGUCGAGUUUAUAUUGCAAAAUUGUGAAUCAGGUUUCCCUCUAAUUGGAAAGUACAUACAGAGUGAAAAUAGAACGAGGAAGAAUGGAUUGCACGAAGAAUGUGCAAUAUCAUGAUGUCAAUAUAAAAAUAAAAAAAAACUCGUACGAUAAAUGUGUUCUACAUUCAACUACAAUUAUUAGGAUUUGAAAUCGAACUAAGCUAUUCCACUACGUGCCUAUAUAAUGUUAUCCAGUAUGUAUUAUUAUUUAACACCUUUAAAAUAUGCCGGUAAUUCAAUAUUUUAGCCUAAAUUAUUUAUAUUUUAAGAAUAUUAACGAAAUGAAAAGAACUUUUUCUUGUUUGGCAAUUAUAAAGUUUUUUGCAUAUUGAACAAAUGACUCGAAAGCGCGAGUACAAAGCAGGUUGGGUUCUCAUCGAUUUCUAGUUCGUGUGACGUGCUCGUUUUGAGUUUAGUAUGGCUGCAUAGUGAUGGUUUUAUUCCGAAACCUAAUCCCUUUUAACUUUUGAGUCUGUAUUCAAAGCGAUAUAUUGAAUUUGUAUUUGCUAUAAAGUUUGUGUAUUAAUAAUUUAUAAACGCUUUCAGUUAAUAAUUGAAGAGAUUAUUGGUAUUAAUUGAAUCGUUUUUAGAUGUCAAUAAUGCAUACAUACAUCUGUUAGUCUAGAGAUAGUAGAUAUUAAAAUAGAUAGGAUUUUUUUCUAUGACACAUUGAAGAUUUUAUAUGUUUUUCUUAUCCUUUAAACCCCAGGGAAAACACUUGGAUCACUACUUGAAUCUAUGCUCUACAAUAAAACUUUGACAAUAGAUGGGAAAAUAGUCAUUGUUGCAUUGGGGUUAAUUUUCAGAGGUUAAUGAAAAUUAUAUAAGUAUCUGCUCUAAAUCAUUCAAAUUAUCUUCCGAAUGAAACAAAAAUGUCAUGUACACUUUACGUUCAAAGGCUGAACAAAAAAAUAGUUCUUAAACCGUUGUGGUUACAGUUACAUA